UCAGCCACAGUUGUUAAGUUGAUAAGCCAAUCAGGCCACAGUGGAAGGUUAAAAUAAAAAGGCUUUCCAUGACUACAAGUAAGUUCGUGGCAGAAAUCCAGGUUGUUCAAUGCUGUGUGUGAAUGAUUGCCUGGCUUGUUCAGCACGCCUGCCCAUGUAGCCCAUUUUGAAAAUAAUUUACGGCUUCUGCUUAGAGAUGCGCUCGCAACAGAGAACAUGAACCACUUAGUGACAACAUUACUUGAGCAGAGAGUUGCUCAUUGGAAUACUACAAUAUUCAUAUAUUUUACUGGAGCUUCUAAACGGAUUCCUUCACCAUGUCCAACCAGCCUCUGCCACUCUCUCAGGAGACUUUAGCCCAAUUCAAUCGUUCCCAGUCCACAGAACCAGAACCCCCAGGACCUCCUAGGCGUCGUCUGGCCUCCAUUUCCACUCGACGAAGCUCUAAAGACCAGUCUAAAGACCACCCGCACCCCAGACCACUGUUCAUCCGGGCCAUGACGGGUCUUUCCUCCGAGUCCUCGUUCAUGAGUCCCAGCGUGAGCACCUCUCACAUGUCCAUGGGCAAACGCUUCUCCUUCGCGGGCUGGCAUCAGGGCGGAAGGGUGAGUUUUUCGGGACUGUACCUUCAGCAGCCCAUUCAGGAAGUGUAUGUGGAGAACACCUACAGAACAGGGCCCGAACCGGGCUGCCGCUUCAGCGCCAGAAGGACCCAGCAGAUCUUACAGGCAACUCUGGAUGCGUAUUUGGAAGGUGUUUGUUACAGUGCUGACAGUUGCAGCCAGCUUUGUCAGAUGUUGGCGGAUCUGGUGCUCAGUAAGCUGAAAGAUGUCAAUCCGCCACGGUAUAAACUCGUGUGCCAGGUGGUGGUCGGGCAGAGCGGUGAUCAUGGUGUAAGGCUGGCCAGUCAGAGCCUGAUUAAUCCAAAUACUGACAACUACACAUCCGCCGUUUUCCAAAACCACUCACUGUUCGCUGUGGCUGUGGUACACGGAGUGUACUAUGAGUGAAUUCCAAAUCAUCCUAAAUUUACUUUAAAAAUAAUGUGCUUUAAAUCUCAAAUAUAGGCUAUAAUAUAUUUCUUACAAUAAUUAGUAAAUAUACACAUUCACACCAAUUUAUGAAAUUCUGAUUUGCUUUUAAAUCUUAAAUAUAUAUUUAACAUACACUAAUAAUUAAAAUAGUUUGUAAUAAUUCAAAUAUAAGGUCCUGUUAUGGUCCAUUUAUAUCAUUAAUUAUAAUAUGAGCAUUCACACCAAUAUUUGAUACCAUUCUGAUUAUAAUGAACACAAUGUAGUUUUGUCCACUUAAAUUCUCACUUUCUCCAGAUUUAUUGUUGGAGUUAAAUUAAAGGGCAACUAUUUUAUCUUUUCUUCAAGAUUUUUAUAUAAGUGUGUCUCCAGAGUGUGUCUGUAAAGUUUGCUCAGAUCACCCAUCAGAUUAUUGGGCUCUAUGCACGGCGGCGCGUGACGCAUUUCCGGUAAAAUUUAAGACCCCGAGCCUACUUCCGCCGAUCGUACAGUACAGUACUACAACAGGAGCGCUACUGAUAAAAACGAGUAAUGUUUUGGACAGUUGUCUUAAUGUUUUAUGCCAUUAUAGCCCACUUAUAUAUGUUUAUGUCAGCUACAUAAAUAUGACAUCUAAACGUUUAAAAGUGUCAUUUUAAAGACGUGAGAACAGUUUUUGUAGAUACCACUGCUGUGUUCAGCAAUGCACAGCGUCAGAAAUUGAACUCUUACCUUAGUUUCCACACGUUUCCAAACGACAAAGUCGUGCAGAAGAGGUGGGUUGUUGAUAUUAAACGUGAGAAUUUUUACAGAAACAGAAAAAAACUAGAGUGUAGCUGACAAUUUCAGUCUAACUGAUCGAGGCUCGAGUGCCAAACGGAUGCAGACAUUUGAAGAAAGGAGCUUUUAUGGCAAAUAAUAGUUUGUUUUCAUUGCCUUUGAAG